AUGGGAAGGUACCUGCUCACCUGCUCAAUAGCAAUUAUCUUUAUUCUGCUGCAGUCUGAUGUCACUGUCUCCAGAAGAACACGCUUCAGAUUUGGUGGCAGCAGAAAAAGUGGCAGAAUUAGUAACAGCUUCCGUAAAACUAGCAAUCCUGCACAAAACCCCAGACAACCUGAACAGACUGCCAAAAAUGCAUCCCCUCCACAACAAAGCCCUGUUUACCCCCGCAAAGAUUCUGGUAACUCCCAAGUCAAUCAUGAGAACGCCCAAGACAACCCUAUCUAUCGUGGGUUUGGUUAUUCACAAAACCGCAUGCACUAUCUACAAAACUCUAUCUAUCCCUCCCGCAAACCUGGCUACCCACACAACCCUAGCUAUGCUAACCAUGGAGGAGGAGGUGGCAGCUGGAACCAACAUGACAGUAAGCCAUGGAAGCCAAAGCCACCCAAACCAAAGAUGAAGCACAUGGCAGGAACAGUUGUUGCAGGUGCUGCGGCGGGCGCUGCCGGUGGCUUCCUCUUAGGCCAUUCCAUGUCUAAUAUGCAUUUUCGUUUUAACCACCAUGAUGAGGAACGAUGGUGGAAUGAAAAUCGCAAUCGUUAUUCUGACCAAGUGUACUACCCAAAUUAUAAGCAGCCCGUUUCGAGGGAGGUCUUUGUGAGAGACUGUGUGAAUAUCACAGUGAGAGAGUUCACCGAGCCCACUGAGAACAAAACAGCAGAUGCAAUGGAAACCAGGAUCGUGACACAAGUGGUACGUGAAAUGUGCACAGAACAAUACCGCAGCUUCAGCAAUGGCGACAGAAAAUCCAAGCCAAAUGGUCCUCAGAUGAAGAAUGCAGCAAGAGCAUCCAUUGCAGACACUGCAGUGGGCACCAGUGGAGACUACCAAUCCAGCAAUGCAGUACACAUUUUCAUCUUAAUAUGGUUGAUGCUCUAUGCUUCACCAGCUCUUCUCUGCUUUUGA